CUUGCUAGGCCGUUCUAGUACUGUCAUCCGCUGGAGUGCAGGCACGAGCAUGUCCUCCGAUUUCUUCCCGUCCCAUGCAUGACUCCGUUUUCUCCGUGCAGCAAGCGCGCUCAUCCAUGGCGGACAUACGGUGCGACCAGCCCAAGAUGACGCCAGCAAGCCCGUCGUCCCUAAGGAUCUUCGGCUACGACGUGCCCGGCGGCGCCACCGACGCCGCUGCCGCCGUGCUGACUCCGCCGCCGACGCCGCCGGCCGACGCGCGGAGGUUCGGGUGCCAGUACUGCUCUCGCGAGUUCGCCAACUCGCAGGCGCUGGGCGGGCAUCAGAACGCGCACAAAAAGGAGCGGCAGCAGCUGAAGCGCGCGCGCCUGCAGGUCGACGCCAGGAUGAGCUACUUCGCGCCGCCGCCGGGGCACCUGAUCGCCGUGGGACACGCAGGGUCGUCGGCCUACACGCGGGACGCCUUCCACAGAUGGGUCUACCUCGCGCACCAGUCAGCGGCGGGCUUGCCCUUCCAUGCUCUGCCAGCCGGUGGUGGGUGCCACGCCGAGCCGCGGCUGCUCCAGGACCCAAGGGACUGCGGCAGCGCCGCCAUCAGCACCAGCAGUGGUGCUCGUGCCUGCACUCCAGCGGAUGACAGUACCGAGGAAGCCUCCGCGAUGGGGGUGGGGCUCGACCUCGAUCUCAGACUUGCUCCGGCCACUUCAUCGUGAAAUUGGAUAACUCCAUCUUCACAUGCAUGAGUUAACCAUAUAAUGUAACGAGUUGUCAAGUCCCAUCCUCCAAGGCUUAUGACCAUGUCACUUCUGCCGUUCUCUUGGGAAUCAUAUUUCUCCUUUUUCAUUCA